AUGGAAAUAUAUGAGGAGAAUCAUGUCAGUAAUCGUAGCUAUAACACGCGGGUUUUGAAUGUGCUGGAGAGGGGGCGUUUAAGUUCCCUGAAAUUUAGCAGAAUCAGAAGCGGUGGCGCCAACGGCGGCUACGAAGACGAUGCUCUCGUCGAACGGCAGUUGUUGUAUCGAAAGCUUCCUGAUCAGAAUCUUCUCAAUCUCUCCAUUCUAAAGCUCGACGGUUCCAUUUUUGAUGUAAAUGUGGAAAGGAAUGCUAAAGUUGCAGAGCUUAAGGUAGCAAUAGAGGAACUUUUUGCAGAACCGCCAGGGGAAACUCAAUGCUGUAUUUCAUGGUCACAUGUUUGGGGGCACUUUUGCUUGGUUUAUGAAGGUCAGAAUCUGGUUAACAAUAAGGCUUGCAUUAGAAAUUAUGGGAUCAAAGAUGGUGAUCAGCUUGAAUUUGUCAAACACAUGUCCGUCAACCAAUCACCUAUUAAAAGACGUAUAAAACAGCACACUGUUCCCUGCAAAUGCUUGUCACAAAGAUCUAGUUAUGAUGAAGUGAGACAACAGAACCUUGUGAAUAAUCAUAACUACAACAAGGUCGAACAUGAAUAUUAUUAUGAUGAAGAAGAGAAGGCAACAUCUCUGCCAGAGUUCAAGUUUGCUCGCUUCUUGAGACGAUGGCUCUCCCAAACAACCUUGUGGGGUUCAUGGCGGAUGAGGUUGGAUGGUCGUAGCCAUCCACUGAGAUUCAAUAUGCACCGUUGAGGACCAAAAAUAAUAGAUGGCUUUCACACUGCAUUGUGCCGUUGAGGUCGGAGUCAGUUGCUUGCUUACCAGGACUAGUUUAAUGUAAUCGUUUACUUACCAGGAUGUAUAUGGAACCUUUUUUCCAAAGCUAACAUUAUGGGCAGCC